UCUGGUAAUUCAAGCAUCUCACUGCCCGUCUCUCAAUGAGCACUGGUUGCGUCUGUCAACAGAAUAGUCCUCACAUACUUAGGACUGGAACCUGGACAACUUCUGAGGUGAGGGUACCUGGCCAGCCCACUUUGGAGCUCUUCGUUCCUGGGUAUACCAGCACAGAUUAUUCUGUGUCUCCAAGUGAGAUACCAUGCUCCCUAAAAGAGGUCAGAGAGUUCACCAAGGUGUUUGUACCAAUUGCCUACUCCUUAAUAUGUGUUUUUGGCCUCCUGGGCAAUAUUAUGGUGGUGAUGACCUUUGUGUUCUACAAGAAAGCCAGGUCCAUGACUGAUGUCUACCUGUUGAACAUGGCCAUCACGGACAUACUCUUUGUCCUCACCCUACCGUUCUGGGCAGUUACUCAUGCCACCGACACUUGGGUUUUUAGCAACGCCCUGUGUAAACUGAUGAAAGGCACAUAUGCGGUCAACUUUAACUGUGGGAUGCUGCUCCUGGCCUGUAUCAGCAUGGACCGGUACAUUGCCAUCGUCCAGGCAACCAAAUCUUUCCGGGUACGCUCCAGAACACUGACACAUAGUAAGGUCAUCUGUCUGGCAGUGUGGUUCAUUUCCGUCAUCAUCUCGAGCCCCACUUUUAUCUUCAACAAGAAAUACACGGUGCAGGAUCGUGAGGUCUGCGAGCCACGGUACGAGUCCGUCUCGGAGCCCAUCACGUGGAAACUGCUGGGUAUGGGACUGGAGCUGUUCUUCGGCUUCUUCAUUCCUUUGCUGUUUAUGGUGUUCUGCUAUCUGUUCAUUAUUAAGACCUUGGUGCAGGCCCAGAACUCCAAGAGGCACAGAGCCAUCCGAGUCGUGAUCGCAGUGGUUUUCGUGUUCCUGACUUCUCAGAUCCCCCACAACAUGGUCCUCCUCGUGACUGCGGUCAACAUGGGCAAAGUGGGCCGGAGCUGCAGCACCGAGAAAGUCCUUGCCUACACCAGGAAUGUGGCCGAGGUCCUGGCUUUCCUACACUGCUGCCUCAACCCUGUGUUGUACGCAUUUAUUGGACAGAAAUUCAGAAGCUACUUCAUGAAGAUCAUGAAGGAUGUGUGGUGUAUGAGAAGGAAGAACAAGGUGCCUGGCUUCCUCUGUGCCCGGAUUUACUCAGAAAGCUAUGUCUCCAGGCAGACCAGUGAGACUGUGGAAAAUGAUAACGCGUCGUCCUUCACCAUGUAACAUGAGAGCACAAAGCUAUAUGCCCCGAAAGCCUUUGUGAAACUUGCUAUUAUAUAUGGAAAACAAAAAAAAACCAAAAAAAAACAAAGAAAGAAAGAAAAAGAAAAAGCGAUGCCCACAUAUGUACAGUUAACUACGGAAAUUCAGCAAAGACUUCCUGUGAGAUCAGACCCAGGGAAGUAGCACUCUCAGCUGAGUUCUCCCAGGUGUGGUUGACAAGAAACAUUGUAGCUCCUCCUGGGUUGGUGUUCCACAAAAUAAGAUGUGGGGAGUGCUAGAUUACUGCCAAGUGCUUAUGAACGUAAACAUGUUCAGAAACGUCCAUGAAGGGGAUCACAGAUCUAGUGACCCCCAGCACCCGUAGCACAAAACAAGGCUGUAACUUGAGAAGCCAA